UCCCAUCUAUAAAUGACCACGUAGUCUAAUCCUCAUCCCCAUGCCCAUGCUGAACUAAGCAGAAUAGAACAACUCCUCGACGAACAUACAGAGCACACCUAACAUGACUACUCUCUUCUACAUUUCUCUUAUAAUACUCUCUGUUGCUUCCGCCGUUAACUCCUGCCCGCCGUCAGAUCGGGCAGCUCUUUUGGCCUUCAAGAACGCCCUCCACGAGCCUUACCUCGGCAUCUUCAAUUCAUGGAAGGGCACCGACUGUUGCCACAACUGGUACGGCGUCACUUGCGACCCGGAAUCAAAACGGGUAGCAGAUAUUAGCCUCCGGGGAGAGUCGGAGGACCCGAUAUUCCAACGCGCUAAACGCACCGGUUACAUGACCGGGUACAUCUCCCCCUCAAUUUGCAGGCUCACUCGUCUCUCUAGCCUCAUCAUCGCCGACUGGAAGGGAAUCUCCGGUGAGCUCCCGAGAUGCUUUUCGAAGUUGCCAUUCCUCCGUGUUCUCGACGUCGUCGGGAACAGCAUCUCUGGCUAUAUCCCAGCCGAUAUUGGCCGUCUCCACCGGCUCACCGUACUCAACCUUGCCGACAACCUCAUCGCCGGUGGAAUCCCGUUGUCGUUGACGAACUUAUCAAGCUUGAUGCACCUCGAUGUGCGUAACAACCGGCUUACCGGAUUGUUGCCCCAGAAUUUCGGCCGGCUCGGGAUGCUGAGCCGGGCUUUGUUGAGCCGUAACCAAAUCAGUGGACGGAUACCGCCUUCCAUAACAACCAUUUAUCGUCUCGCCGAUUUAGAUCUCUCAAUGAACCAAAUAUCGGGCCAAAUCCCUGCUUCUUUAGGUAAAAUGGCUGUUCUGGCGACCCUGAAUCUUGAUUUUAACAAAUUAACCGGGCCAAUCCCGGCUACUUUGUUAAAUUCGGGUAUUAGUAACCUGAAUUUGAGCUCAAACUCACUAGAGGGAAUAUUACCGGACGUUUUCGGUCCGAGAUCUUAUUUUACGGUUCUGGACUUAUCGCAUAACAAUUUGAAGGGUCCGAUCCCCGAAUCGUUCUCGAAGGCGUCGUUUAUAGGGCACUUAGAUUUGAGUCACAACCAUUUGUGUGGAGCGAUUCCGUUGGGGUCGCCGUUCAAUCACCUUGAAGCGUCUUCGUUUGCUUUCAAUGAUUGUCUUUGUGGGAAGCCGCUUCUCCCAUGUCGGCAUUAAUAUGUUUCGGCGGAAAUAUAGAGAGUUAUUUCUUCUUCUUUGGCGACCGAUAUAUUUAGUGAAUAUAUAUGUUCGUAUUAUUAUUGUUUUUUUUAUAAGAAAUAUGUUUGUGUUAUUAAGUUGAUCAGAAUGUUGUGUUUAGUUACUCGGUAACGGAAGAUCGAAAUUUAAUGUAUUAUGCACUACAAUGAAGGAAGGUCCAAUUGUCUUA